AUGGACCAGGGUGAAUGGGAUAUUGUGUAUGAGGAACAAGGAGAUUGGGAAGGGGAAGCAGAAGCCACAGACACUAAGGAAAGAACCACCUCCUGCCCAAGCACGCCUACACGCUUUAACUUACCGCUUCCUGCCUCCGAGACCUGCGCAUCCCCAAAUGACCCGGAAGGCGAGUCUCAUUUCCGGCGGAAUCAUCGAGUGCGGCACCGAGCAGGCGAGAGUGACCCCUCAAUGCCUUUUUCUUUCAGCCGGAAGUUAAAGCUUCCGGGGGUGCUCGCCGCGGGUGUGCUCUCCCAUCAGCCAAUGACGAGCUCCCUGUUGGCGCUGUGGUCCCCCUGCAGGGGCCUUGUGGCCCCUCGGGGACUCCCUGGGCGGCCUUCGUUGCUAGAACUGUGGUGCCGAAGGCCGGCUCUGGGGAGCGAGAGAGACCUCCCGGGGCUCGUUGGUGCAGGAAGAAGGUCGCCCCCGGGGCCGGGCCGGGCCAGGGAGAAGCUGGCGCUGCGGCCUCUGUCUCUUUGGCAGUCAGCGGGUGUUGCGAAUGGACUCUGCGGGAGCCGGCCCUUCUCCACUGCGGGGCCGCUGCCGCGAGGAACCAGGGGCCAGAGUGGCUCCCGCGCAUCGGGGCCUGUUUCCUGGAAGUCCUUGGCAUUCACAUUUGCUGUUGGUGGAGCUUUAUUGGCUGGAAUGAAGUACUUCAAGAAAGAAAAGGCAGAGAAGUUAGAGAAGGAACGGAAGCGAACCUUAGGAAAGCCUUUACUUGGAGGACCUUUCUCACUCAUGGAUCACAACGGAGAACCCAAAACUGAUAAAGACUACUUGGGACAAUGGAUACUAAUUUACUUUGGUUUCACCCAUUGUCCUGAUGUAUGUCCGGAGGAACUGGAAAAAAUGAUAGCUGUAGUGGAUGAAAUUGAUAGUAUUCCAACACUGCCAAAUUUAAAACCACUUUUCAUCACUAUUGAUCCAGAGAGAGACAAUACAGAAGCUGUUGCAAGAUAUGUGAAAGAAUUUUCUCCCAAGCUAGUUGGCUUGACAGGUGGUCCAAAAGAGAUUGAUCAAGUUGCCAGAGCAUACAGAGUUUACUACAGCCCAGGACCCAAGGAUGAAGAUGAAGACUAUAUAGUGGAUCAUACAAUAAUAAUGUACUUGAUUGGCCCAGAUGGUGAAUUUCUAGAUUAUUUUGGCCAAAACAAGAAGAACUCAGAAAUAGCUGGUUCAAUUGCUGCACACAUGAGGGAUUACAAGAAGAAACAUUAGAGUAAUGUAAUUUGUGUUGCAGUGAUAUUUUCUUACUAGUAAGAGAACUUUAUCUCCCUUAGGAGAUGGUGUAUAAGAUUUUCACCUCCUUUGAAUCCCUAUACCUUAACUACAUUGGACCUUUGUCCUUCCAGAACAGGAGAAAUACAAGACAAGUUUGCUGAUUGUAAUGAUUAAAGCAGAAAAUCUGUCAAGAAGUGCUUUUCAUUGUGUGUCAGAAGUAUGGGGAGUGAUUGAAGUAACAGCUAGUGACAGCAUAAAAAUCAAAGAUGUCCACAGACAUUGGAGGCCCUCUCAGUGCCCUGUAUUUCAUCUUGCUGACCUCCUGGCUUCACAGACACUACGAAACUGUGGAAAGUUAUUUCCAGAGAAGAGGAGGAAUCUUCAUAGUACUAUUUCUCUUUUCUCUGAUUUCUGGUGGUUGCUUAAAAAAAGUAAUAUUAUUGGGACCAUGAUAGGGCAAAGGUGGUUUUUUUAUUUAAAAGCAGAAAUGCCACCGUUAUUGCUUACUUAACCUACAUCAAUCAGUCUAGGGAGGGGGAGCUGACAGAAGGUUUUGAUUUUUUUUUUAAGUCGGGGAUAACGUGUUUUUUGUCUUGUGAAUAAAGUCUUUAGUGGAAAUAAUUGGAAAUAAAAGUGAGUUAUAAUUAUAAAUAAUGA